AUGGGACCUAAAAAGAAGUCAGAUGCCCGUUCAGGCCCAGGCCCCAAACCUGGGACCAAACAGGCAAAGGCUGCUGCAGAAAACAAGGAGAAAAAACCAGUACCAGAAGAGCCCAAGAAGCCAACAGUGAAAGAGGUCAUUGGCGGCGCAUCAUGGACAGGCAAACUGCCUGUCAAUAUGCUGUCUGAACAUUGCUUCCACCUCCGGCCGGUUUUUCUCCACAGUCACUCUGAAGAAAUCGAUCCGAAGACUCGCGAAUUGAUUAUCCUGCCUCCGAUGAAGCUCCCCGAGUCACACAAGCAAUUAGCGCUACAGCCGACGGCUCUGGAAGCCCGCCAUUUCGCUGCCGCCUUUGCCCUUUUCCGUGUAUGCAACAUGCGCAAUAUCCACCUGAUGCUUCCACCAACAUAUAAAAGGCUUUGGAAAGAGGACUUUGCAGAUAUCAAAGCAGCUGAUGUGGAGAAAGGCGAUGGCUGGCUGUAUGAGGCCGAUCCGUUCCUAGCGAAACAAGAACGGGAAAGUGCUGCGCUGGAUAUGGAAAAGAAAAAAGCAGACCACGCGAAGGCGCAGGCAAAAGAGAAGGUUUCAUCGGUAGACCUCGGACUUGGAGGUGGAGGCCAUAGAAACAAACGCAUUUGGUCUCAAGCGCCUAAGGUAGAGAUGGGAGCACGCAUCCGUCGUGAGAUAGAAGGAUUGCUGCGCGAACAUACCGUUUGGAACCCCCACUCCAUCAAAAUCUCCGACAAAGAACAGAGAGAGAUCAUUGAAGAGUUUACUAAGUUAGGAUUUCGUCGCAGUCACGUGGAAGAGGCUGUUGUUGAAUGUAAAGACCGUGAAGAGGUUUUGGAAUGGCUCCUGGUCUACGUCCCGGAGGAUGAUCUUCCUCCGUGGUCUCUCCCAGAGAACUAUUCAGCAGGCGUUAGCCUUGGGACCGGAGAUCUUGCCCGAGAGGCAAAGCUCAAACGACUCGCAGCUGUCGGAUACCCUGCAGAUUUGUGUUCUCAGGUUCUAGAUAACAGAGGUGGCGACGAACUUGCUGCUGCGGAGUACCUACAGGGCACAUUGGCUCAUGGCUCCGGAUUUGCGUCAAGGCCCAUUGGUGAGGGCAUCCCUGGGGCGUGGCCAGAGGAACAGGAAACUCUUGAAGCAAUCUUUGGGGAGCGCUACUCGCGCGUUUCACCCAAAGGCACUGUUUUCCGCUUCCACGAGCCUGCGGUCCAUUAUCCUGCGGUUCCUCCGGUCAUAUCUAUUCAUGCUAAAGGCAUCCCAGCUUACAUUCGUUUGAGUGCAAUUCGUCGAGCUGUACAAUAUGCUGAAGAGAAUUUCUCUGGAGACCCUAUGAUCUUCAAUAUUCUAGAUUGGCUAGAAGUUAAUUUACCUGAUAUUAUGGAGAAUCCAGGCAGGCUCCGUGAAAUCUCAACAGUGACAACGUCUCCCGAGCCUGAAACUCGCGAUAUCCCGGUCCGUUCGGCUCGUAAGCAACGGCGUGGCAUUGACUGGAGACCUGACUCUCCUCAAAGCAUAGCAAUUCGCGAUGCAUGGGAGGAAAAGCAAAACACUGCGCCUCAGGUCGAGAUGUCUCGAAAGCGACAGUCACUGCCCGCCUGGAACACCCGAGACGCCAUCAUUGAUGCUGUCAACUCUCAUCAGGUCACAAUCAUCUCCGGUGAGACUGGUAGUGGAAAGAGUACUCAAUCUGUACAGUUCAUUCUAGACGAUAUGAUCAAACGUGGUCUCGGAGGUGCUGCCAACAUCAUUUGUACUCAGCCUCGCCGAAUUUCUGCCUUGGGUCUUGCUGACAGAGUGAGCGAUGAGCGUUGUGCCACUGUCGGUGGUGAGGUUGGAUAUAUCAUCCGCGGCGAGUCAAAAGCUAAGCAAGGAACGACUAAGAUCACUUUCGUGACUACGGGUGUUUUACUUCGCCGCAUCCAGUCUGGAGGCGACACCGAUGGCAAUCGAAGCCUUGACACAGAUUUCCUUCUGGCCCUUUUACGUGAUGUUCUAAAACAUCGCAAGGAUCUGAAGGUUAUCCUCAUGAGUGCCACUCUAGAUGCCCAAAUCUUCAUGAACUACUUUGGCGGCUCUAAAUCGGUUGGCUUGGUGAAUAUCCCUGGUCGCACAUUCCCGGUGCAAGAUUACUAUCUUGACGAUGUCGUUCGAGAUACUGGUUUUGCGCCCGAAUUAAGUGAAUGGGAUGACGAAGGAAUUGACGUCUCACGUGGUGAAGAGUCUCUUGGAAGGGCGCUCCGCAGUGUUGGAAUGGGAAUCAACUAUGAGCUGAUUGCCACCACUGUACGACACAUCGACUCCCAAUUAGGAGAUCAGCCUGGUGGAAUUCUGAUAUUCUUGCCCGGAACCCUGGAGAUUGAAAGGUGCUUGACGGCUGUCAAGAAGAUCCCCAACGCACAUCCCUUACCAUUGCAUGCUUCGUUGCUCCCGGCGGAGCAACGUCGAGUCAUCGCUGCAACCAACGUGGCGGAAACCUCUAUUACUAUUGAAGAUGUCGUUGCGGUCAUCGACACCGGUCGAGUCAAGGAGACUAGCUAUGAUCCUAAGGACAAUAUGGUUCGAUUGCUUGAAGUCUGGGCGUCCCAAGCCGCAUGCAAGCAACGCCGAGGCCGUGCAGGCCGUGUACGCGCCGGCACUUGCUACAAGCUCUACACCCGCAAAGCCGAGUCUGAUAUGGCACAACGGCCAGACCCAGAAAUCCGUCGUGUGCCUUUAGAGCAAUUGUGCCUCUCUGUCAAAUCCAUGAAGGGUAUGGACGAUGUGGCCAACUUUCUCGCCAAUACCAUCACACCGCCAGAGAGUAUAGCUGUGGAAGGGCGCUAUCUUUCUAUGAUUCCCGCAGAUUUGCGGUGUGCAAAGCUUAUGAUAUAUGGUUCGAUCUUUGGAUGUAUGGAAUCAUGUCUCACCAUCGCGGCCAUCCUUACUGUGAAAAGCCCAUUUGUCUCUCCGCGCGAAAGACGUGAGGAAGCCAAUGCGGCAAGAUCAAGCUUCUCCCGCCCCGGUGAUGGCGAUCUUCUCACAGACCUUUCAGCUUAUCAGACAUGGGCUGAAAAGGCUCGCAGUCAGGGCUACUGGCAGACGCAGUCGUGGUGCGUCGCGAACUUCCUAUCCUUCCAAACCCUCCGCGACAUCUCCUCUAACAGGGCCCAAUUCAUCACCUCUCUCAAAGACUCGGGUAUCUUGCCCGUGGAUUACGCCGACGGUGCCAAUACAUGGAACCGCAACGGUGCAAAUCACAACCUCCUCCGUGCUCUCAUCGCAGGUGCUUUCCAGCCCCAGGUGGCACAGAUCUCGUUUCCGGACAAAAAGUUCGCGAGCUCUGUCACCGGUACUGUCGAGGUAGACCCAGAUGCACGAACAAUCAAGUACUUCAAUCAGGAGAAUGGGCGUGUGUUUAUCCAUCCCAGCUCGAUCCUUUUUUCUGCUCAAGGAUACCCUAAUUCGGCCGCCUACCUGAGCUACUUCACAAAAAUGGCGACCAGCAAGGUGUUCAUUCGGGACCUCACCCCUUUCAAUGCCUAUUCACUCUUGCUCUUCUGCGGCUCCAUUUCCCUCGACACCGUGGGGCGUGGUCUCGUCGUGGAUGGCUGGCUCCGACUACGUGGCUGGGCUCGGAUUGGUGUGCUUGUUUCGCGAUUGCGGACUAUGUUGGAUGAGGCACUUGCCGCUAGAAUCGACAAUCCGGGUAUUGGGUCGGGCGGUGGCGCUGCGGAUCGAGUGAUUGAAGCCGUGAAGCGAUUGAUAGAGUUUAACGGCCUGGAUCAGUAA